ACUAACAUGCGUCCUUCCGUUUUAACGCCGUUCUGACUGUUAUUCCACUCCCAAACCAACGAGUCGUCUCUGUCCCUCUGCGAAAAAGAUUCUCUUCGUAGUUCUCAUUCAAAGGAAAGGAAUAUACGAGAAAAGAACUCCUUUUCUCUCUUACAAAGCAAUCUGCAAAAAGAUUGAAGAAACCCUAACCUCUCCCUCCCUUUCUUUGCAAAUCCGCUCGAUAUUCUCAUGUUACAGGACAUUUAUGCAAAUAUCAGGGUUUCAAUCUCCUGGUGAAGUCUGUCAAUCUAGGGUUUUGAUUUGAACAAAUGUAGAUGUUGGGGGGAAUCGCUUGUGAGAUCUAGGGAUUGAUCUGAUGGAUAUGGAUGGAGGGAGUAUAUCUGGUGCUGGCGUAGGUCCUCAAUCCGUUCCGAGAAAUUUGAGGCGGUCGAAAGCUUUUUAUAGGUUCACCCAGCAGAAUCUCCCUGCUUGUAAACCGGUUCUGACACCAGGAUGGGUGAUCAGUACAUUUUUGUUGAUAGGCGUCAUUUUUAUUCCUAUAGGGUUUGUUGCCCUUCGUGCUUCACAGAGUGUUGUGGAAAUUGUUGACCAGUAUGACACUGAAUGUAUACCUGAGGUGUUCAGAAGCAACAAAGUGGCCUACAUCAGAGAUAGUUCAAUUUCAAAGAACUGCACUCGAAUCUUACAGGUGCAAAAGCAUAUGAAAGCUCCAAUUUAUAUUUACUAUCAACUUGAUAACUUCUACCAGAACCAUCGGCGGUAUGUUAAAAGCAGGAGUGAUCAACAGCUUCUACACGGAUUGAAGUACAAUGACACAAGCUCCUGCAAACCUGAAGAGUCCAGUAAUGGGCUCCCAAUUGUCCCUUGUGGGUUGAUUGCAUGGAGCUUGUUCAAUGAUACAUAUACUUUUUCUCGUGAAACCACAGAAUUGAAGGUCAACAGGAAGAACAUCGCUUGGAAGAGCGACCGGGAACACAAGUUUGGUAAGCAUGUAUAUCCCUUCAAUUUCCAGAAUGGAACUUUGAUUGGAGGUGGAAAGCUCGACCCGAAUGUACCUCUAAGUGAGCAGGAGGACCUUAUUGUGUGGAUGCGCACGGCUGCUCUUCCCAGCUUCCGGAAAUUGUAUGGCAGAAUUGAAGUGGAUCUGGAAGCUGAUGAAUUCAUAACGAUAAAGCUUGUUAACAACUACAAUACUUUCAGCUUUGGAGGAAAGAAAAAGCUUGUUCUUUCAACAUCAGGGUGGUUGGGAGGAAAGAAUGACUUCCUUGGUGCAGCCUAUAUUGCUGUUGGGUCUAUCAGCAUCUUCAUUGCCAUUGUCUUUUUGCUGCUUCAUGUGAAAAAUCCGAGGCCUUACGGGGAUACAGCUUACUUAUCUUGGCACAGGAAAGCGAAUGCUACUUAGAUGUGGUGAUGGAUAUGGGGUAAACAUUAAAAAAGAAAAGAUCCUGCCACUCUUAAAUAUAAUCAGAAAUGAUUGCAGAGUUCUGAUAAUGAUCAAAGUGCUAUUGAUGGAUGCUAUUCAUCCCUUGAACCCUAUGCGCUUGGCUUCUCAUUUGCUACUGGGGCAGUUUAUGUAAAUUGUUUCAGGUAUAAUGGGAAUGGCAUAAUAUCGGCUCCAUCGUCCCAGGUUUCGCACCCAACUCUACAAAUUGAUUCAUCGAAAUUUCAUUAUUCCAGCUUGACAUUCUGCUAGAGAACUUUCAGUGAGCAAGGGCCUGGGUAGUAGGAUCGGUCUGGAAUCACAGAUACUUCAAUUCUUAAAGACAGGUUUCAUCAUUGGUGACUAUCUGAGCCUUACUAGCAUUGUUGUGAUAUUGUAAAAGAGGAGUUGUAAAAUCCAAUUCUUUGGUUUGA